AUGGAGUGUCGAUGGGGAGACUGCUCUGAAGUAUUUCAAGACCAAAAGGACUAUGCACAGCACGUAAACAAGCACAUACGAGAAACAGACGUAAGAACCUGUGACUGGAAAGGGUGUACAAAAAUAUUUGAGAAGAGGAUAAGCAAGUGCACCCUCCUUACGCAUAUAAGAACCCACACACGAGAGAAGCCUUUUAAGUGCUCUCUGUGUACGAAGGAGUACAGUCGGUCAGAUGCACUAAAUAAGCACAUGAAGUCACACGAGCAGAUAGCAGCAGAUGAAAAUAUUUUCAUAAAGAAGAUAUUCUAUUUAAACCAAUUAUAUCAGGAGAUAGAUAUAAAUACGACUAGUAUAAAGGAGGAGUAUAACAGACUAAUAGUAGAGAAUGAAGUAUUACUUAAGUAUAUAUGUAAUAAUAAGAAGUAAG